UUCCACCUGUCUUGUUAGUCUAAAUGUGUUUAUGUUCCCUUGUGUGUUUUGUGGACCAUGGUUGAGUCUCCUGCUUUUUCUCAAGGUGUCCAGUUAAUGGAACUCCAGCUUACACUCGUGGUGUGUGUGUUCCUGAUGUGCUCAUGUGUGUGUGGCUUCAACCUGGAGACCACGGACACCCUGAGCAAAGAGGGAGAGGAGGGGAGCUUCUUCGGCUUCUCACUCGCUCUCCACAAACAGACCUCCCCUCAUCACCAGAGCUGGAUCCUGGUGGGGGCGCCACAAGCUCGAGGUCUUGGUCACCUGCGUCACAUACACACAGGUGCACUGUAUCGUUGUCCAAUCACAGCUGAGGAGUUUGACUGCGAGCGAGUCGACAUCGAUGGAGAUGUGAGUGUGGACAGAGAGAGUAAGGAGAACCAGUGGCUGGGGGUGACGGUGAAGAGUCAGGGCAUCGGGGGGAAAGUGCUGACGUGCGCUCACCUAUAUGAACUGCGGCAGCGUGUGAAUCAGCCAUCUGAAACUCGCGAUCCGAUUGGCAGAUGCUACGUGCUAAGUGAAGACCUGAGUGAGAGAGACGACCUAGACGGAGGAGAGUGGAAAUUCUGUGAAGGUCGUCCUCAAGGUCAUGAGCAGUUUGGUUUCUGUCAGCAAGGACUGGCGGCCAGCUUCACACCCGACAACAACUACAUCCUGUUUGGAGCUCCAGGGACCUACAACUGGAAAGGUGAGAUGCGUGUACAGCUGCUAAACCAGACACUGUUGGAUUUGGGUUACUAUGACGACGGGCCGUAUGAGGUGGCGGAUGAGAAACAGUUGAAUGCAGCGUUAAUUCCUCUCCCGUAUCACAGCUACCUGGGGCUGUUGUUCAUGGCGAGUGCAAUUGAGGACGCGUUGGUGUAUAAAACCCUGGAACCGUCCAAACGACCCACAGCACAUGAUGUAGCGCAAAAUAGCUACUUAGGUUUCUCGGUGGACUCGGCUAAAGGAGUGAUGCAACACUCGGAGCUAACGUUCAUAGCUGGAGCACCUCGUGCUAAUCACACUGGUGCAGUGAUGAUGCUGAAGAAGGACAGUGCUCACCGUCUCAUCCCCGAGUUCAUCCUGUGGGGAGAGGAGCUAGCGUCUUCGUUCGGUUACUCCGUCUCUACCACAGACCUUAACAUGGAUGGGUGGACAGAUUUAAUUGUUGGCGCCCCAAACUUCUUUGACCGUAAGGCAGAGAUUGGGGGGGCGGUUUAUGUGUUCCUGAACCCCACGGGACACUGGGACGAGGCGCGACCCAUCCGCCUCAACGGAACCUACGACUCCAUGUUUGGCAUGACGGUGUGCGCCACGGGAGACCUAGACCUGGAUGGAUACUCAGAUUUUGCAGUUGGAGCUCCAUUUGAUGGUCACGGUAAAGUUUUUAUUUUCAGAGGUUCAGCUGAAGGUAUUGAAACUAAACCAUCUCAGAUUCUGGAUGGAUUACAUUUUGGCGUGUCCCGGUUUGGUUACUCUAUAUCUGGAGGGUUGGACAUUGAUGGGAAUUUGUACCCAGACCUGGCAAUUGGAUCUCUCAGUGAUCAGGUGGUUCUGUUCAGAUCACGGCCGGUGAUCCAUGUGAUCAGAGAUGUUUCGGUGGAGCCGCAGCACAUUGACCUGACGCAGCAAACCUGCACGGGCCGAGACGGAGUGUGUGUGGAGGUCAAGGCCUGUUACAGCUACACAGCUCACCCUGAAUCUUACUCACCUUACAUCACUCUCGGGAUUCAUUUUGAGGCGGAUACUGAGCGCAGGAAGGCAGAGUUGCAGCACAGAGUUCACUUCCUGGGUCGAAGGCCAUCUGAGCCUGAAUACGUUCAUUCAGAAGAGCUCGAGCUCAGAGGCCAAAAUAAUCCAGCAUGCCAGACUGCUACCUUCAUACUGCAGGAGAACAUCAGGGACAAACUGCGUCCGGUGUCUCUCACUAUCACACACACUAUAAAGAGGACACGACAUGAACGACAUGUCCCUGAUCACACACACCAGCGCCUGGGACAUCUCACCCCCGUCCUGAGUCCUACCCCCCCAAACACACUCCACUCAGAGGUGAACUUCAUCAAAGAAGGCUGUGGUGAGGACAACAUUUGCCAAAGUAACCUGAAACUGAGCUACAGAUUUGGGACACGACCCUCAAUUUCAGAUAUCUUCACUGCUUUACCAAUAGGGGAGGAUGGCGUGCCUGUGUUUUCUCUUUCUGAUCAGAGGUCAGUGGUUUUGGAGGUGACUGUGAUGAACACACCCUCUGACCCCACCCACCCCGAGGAGGAUGGAGAUGAUGCCCAUGCUGCUCAGCUCACAAUCAAACUGCCACACACACUCACCUACUCUGGGGUCAGGGGUCAGGUGGUGUGUGAGGUGAAUCAGAAUGGCUCUCGGGCAGACUGUGAGCUUGGAAAUCCAUUCAAGAGAGAUGCUGUGUUAAUUUUCUACAUUAUUUUGAGCACGUCAGGCUUCACCGUGGAAACGACGUCUUUAUCAGUGGACCUGCAGAUGUCCACGAUCAGUGAGCAGAUCCACCAAUCUCCUGUUACAGCUCUCGCUCGUGUCGUGAUAGAACUUCCUCUCACUGUCAGCGGAGUGGCUCGUCCUCAUCAGCUGUUCUUCAGUGGGACGGUUCGAGGAGAGAGCGCGAUGGAGACUCUGGAACAAACAGGAAGUGAAGUAGAGUUCGAGUUCACUGUUUCUAACAGCGGUCAGUCUCUGCAGACUCUUGGCUCGGCGUUUCUGAACAUCAUGUGGCCUCACGAGCUGCCGAAUGAAAAAUGGCUGCUUUACCCUACUAGUUUACACUCCGAUCAUCCACACACACACUGCACACAUCACUCAGCACUUAACACACUCCACCUCAGACACACACACAAUACACACAACACACACAUACUGUCACAGGUGAGAAAGACUCGCUCAUAUCCUGAGGAUGAAGAACAUGCACCUGUGAGAAACAACAUGCAGGACAACACACCUGCCGUUGCUGCUAACGACCGACGCAAAUCCCUCAAACUGGAUUGUGUGUUAGGCUCAGCAAGGUGUGUAGUGUUUCAGUGUGCACUUCAGAAUUUCUCCGGUUCUGUGAAGUUCCGUGUUGCAGCUCGUCUGUGGAACAGCACCUUCAUCGAGGAGUUCUCCGGGGUUAGCGUGUCCGAAGUGUUGGUCAGAGCAAACAUCUCCGUCAAGUCCAGCCUCAAACAUCUGGUGCUCAGAGAUGCUGCUGCACAGGUAUCACUGAUGGUGUAUCCUGAGCUAAGUGUGUUGGAUGCGUCAUGGGUUCCAUGGUGGAUCAUCCUGAUCGCUAUAUUAGCUGGAGUGAUCAUGCUCGCUUUGAUUGUCUGCAUCCUGUGGAAGUGUGGGUUCUUUAAGCAGACAGAGAGACAUCCUCAGUAUGAGACAGAGUUUUAUCGUGCCCAUCGUCACCUGCAGCCAUCUGAUGCAGACAAACACACGGUGGCACAAUAAUUCCAACACACACACACUUCGGUCUUUGGUUCGGGUUUUCCGGAGGUCUCCAUAUAAGGACAGCAUUCCUGAAUAUCAUGCAGUAAGAAUCCGGCAGCAGGAACGCUCUGACCUUCAUCCUGACCUUCAGCCUGUAAAACCUCUCAAACCUGCACAACCCCCAACAUCACACAUCAAACAGUGGAGGACACAAUGGAGUGAUGGCACACACUAACAGACACACACACACACACACACACACACACACACACACACACACUUCAGCAUGUUCUCUAAAGCAUUUAAACAGUACUAAACAUUAAUUGAGGUGUGUCUUUACGGGCCGAACGGGGUGUGUCUUUGUAUUUUUAUAUGAGCAAGAUGGACACGCCCACUUCUCCAAAGACAAACCCUCCUUCGUUAAAAAACAAGCCACACCCACAUGUCUCUCAGAUACAAUACUGAUACCAAUUCAUACACUGUCAGCAAAUCUAACACUAGCUUAUGGCUGCUUUUACCUUCAAAACACACACACACACACACACACACACACACACACACACACACAUUAUAAAUGUAUAUCUACUGUAUGCUGCUGAGUGGCUCCUUUUUUAUUCAUUUAAUCUAAAUAAAGUUGAUUAACACAUGCUAGUUAACUGACAUGCUAUCAACAUUUGAGGUUCUUCUGUAGUGUUCUGUAGAAACAUAAGUGACACAGCAGAAGAUUGUUGCUGGGAAUCACUGGCUGCUGUGUGACAUUCCUGAUGAUGAAGUUUUCAGACUUGGUUAUAAUUGUAAUAUAUAUAAUAUAUAAUUAAGGUUUUUCCCAUGUGCUCGGAUCUCUCACUGUGUGUUAGAAAUGUCUUCUUUCAGAUAUAUUCUCCUUAGAUUCAACCACAAAACUACUUAGAACUAAGAAUACAAACAACAUGGAAAAAGUAUAUAAUGUUAGAACAAAUUAAACAUAUAAUGAACAAUGAAUAAAUCAAUAAAUAAAAACAGUUUCUGUAAAAAGUGUGAAAACUAAAUGUUUUAUAGUGUUUGAGAGAAAUGUGCAUAAUGCUUUUGUUUCUAUACAAUAAACUCAGCAAUGAAACAGUAUAAAAA